AUGUCUGAUGCGUUCAACUCUCAGCUAGAGAAUGUCUCCCGGAAGUUCGGUGAACUCGACGCUCGCCUGGAUGAACUAUGUAUUAGAAUCGAUGACAAUGACGCCGAGGUCAACGUUAAGUUCUCAAAGUUUCAAUCCUCCGUUAAUCAGGACCUCAUUGCCAUACAAAACGAAAAUUCCCAACAACAACAGCGGACCCAAGGAUUCCAAAAAUGUGCAACCAAUUCCCAACGCGCGCUUAGUGACACCAUCAGAGCCCUCGGAGAUAGGAUCAGCCUUGUCGAAGGUCAAAGUGCCAGGCUAGCUGCUCUGGAAAAUAAAUUUCAAAAUUAUGUCCCUCUAGUUCCCCCCCAAUAG